AUGGCAGUAGUGAACAUAGAUGCCACCAACGAAGACAUUUUGGCAUUCAAAAUCAUCUUUACUCUGGCGGUCUCUGGAAUGCUGUCCAUCAUUGGAGUCAUUGGGAAUGGCUUCAUUACAGCCAUCUAUGGGGCUGAAUGGGCCAGAAGAAAGAAAUUCCCCACUGCUGACUGCAUUAUGUUGAUGCUUAGCUUGAACCGGCUCUUGCUACAAAUCUGGAUGAUGCUGGAGACUAUUUACAGUCUACUAUUCCAAGUCAUCUAUAAUCAAAUCACAGUGUACAUGCUUUUCAAAGUCUCUGUCAUGUUCCUGAACUAUGGCAACCUCUGGAUUGGCACUUGGCUCAAUGUCUUCUAUUGUCUCAGAAUUGCAAACUUUACUUUCCCAUUGUUCUUCAUGAUGAAGAGAAAAAUCACAGUGCUGAUGCCUUGGCUCAUGAUGCUGUCAGUGAUGGUUUCCUUGUGUUCCAGCUUAAUCUUUGCUAAAGGCGUCUUCUAUGUGUAUGUGAACAUGUCUGUACCAGUCUCUUCCUACAACUCCACUGAGCAGCAGUUCUUCUCUGAAACCAACGUGGUCAACCUGAUGGUCGUCUACAACCUGGGCAUCCUCCUUCCUCUGAUACUGUUUGGCCUGGCAGCCAUCCUGCUGAUUGUCUCUCUCAAGAGACACACUGCACACAUGAAAACCAGUGCCACUGGUUCCAGGGACCCCAGUAUGGAGGCUCAUCUGGGGGCCAUCAAGGCCACCACCUGCUUUGUUAUUCUCUACACUGUCAAUGCAGUUGCUCUACUCAUUUCCAUGUCCAACAUCUCUGACAUUGACAGUUUCUGGAGUAUUUCCUGCAAAUUUGUCAUGGCUGCCUACCCAGCUUGCCACUCAGUGCAACUGAUCCUCAGCAACCCUGGACUUAGAAGAGCCUGGAAGCAAUUUCAGUCCUGGAUUUGUCUCUGCUUUAAAAAGCAGACCCGGUGA